GACGCGGUGAGGGGAUGGUCGGGACUGGGGUAUGGCGACGAAUUCGCUGAGGAUGACAGGAGACUCCUUGCACCCUCCUUCGGCAAUGGUGAGUCUCAAAAUGGCGCCGCGGUGCUGGGAGACAACGGGGUUGCGGUGCAAGUGGAGCAGAGGCCACAAGCUCGGAGAGAUGAGCAGGCCAUGCUUACACCUGGAUAUGAGGAGGUUGCCGGUAUGGAGGAGUGGAUGGAAGACAAUGAGUAUGACUUUGCGGAUGGGCAGCACAAUGGGAACACUGAUACAUAUGAUCAGUACUAG